AUAUAUAUAUAUAUAUAUAUAUAUAUAUAGAUAGUUGGUUUGGCUCGAGGCUCGAUCUCGCUCGUCCCAGUACGCUGCGUGUCUGCAUUAUCUAUAUAGCUCGACCUCGGCAGCCCCGCUGUCUGCACGCACCAUCGACGAUGACCUUCACUUGCGAAGUGUGCUUCGAGAGCAAGGAAAACCGGCUCCCGCUUGGCAAGCUGGCGACGGGGAAUGGUGACGUCAUUCGUGGCAGUGACUGCGGGCAUAACGUCUGCAUCGAGUGCACGUCCGCCUUCGUGAAAGCGCGCGUGGAAGAGCAGCUCGUCUUUGGCAUACGCUGCCCUCACGAUGGCUGCAGGAACGAGCUGUACGAGAAAGACAUAGAGCAGCUGGCGCGGGACGGGCUGCUCGAGGACGCCGUCCGCGAGCGUUUCUGUGAGCUGCGCAGCAGGGACUACGCUGCCCGGGCCAGCAGCUUCUCCGAGGACGUGCAUGGUGAUAAUCCCGACUACAGCACGAUUCGCCGUCUGUAUGAGUCCACACGCCUCUGCCCGCGGUGCAAGCUCGUAAUCGAGAAGUCUCACGGUUGCAACAGCUUCUUCUGCAUAUGCGGCUUCCAUUUCAACUACCAGAGCGCUCCCAGGAUUGUCGGCAACGGUAUCAGCCGGUACGACAAGGUGCUCGAUUUCGCUGAGAAGCACGGGCUGGCGCUGAGAGAGGUAGAGAAGGCCGUGGGAAGCGGCGACAGGGCUUGCAGGGUGCUCGACUUCGCUGAGAGGCACGGGCUGGCGCUGAGCGUGGUGAGGGGCCUCAGCGGUCACCUCGGCCUGUACGAAAAAGCGCAGCACCUCGCCUGCCAGGUGGGCGUGGCUUUUGAGGAUCCGGGCGCCGACGAACACCUCAGAGAAGUGGAGCUGCGGCCUCCCCGCUCCCCCCCCUCUUCCCUUCCCUCCUCCCUGCUCCUCUCCCCGGCUGGUUCCUCCAAAGAGGAAGCCCUCGACCUGCAGAUCCGCGCGUUCCACGGCGACUCGGCUGCUCGCGAGGAGGUGCGCGCGAUGCGGGCGGCGGCGCGCGUGGUGGCAGCAGCAGAGGGGGAGCGGGAGCUGUUCGAGCUGCCCGCACUGGACUUCCUCGCCGGCACAGAGGCGGAAGACGUCGUGCCCCAGGACGAGCUGCCGGCGGGGACGGAGGUACCGCCCUCGGCGCCGCCGGUGCCGGAAGUCCCCGCGCCUCCCGUGCUGGUGAGGGCCCUGUCCGACGGCCGCGAGGGCAAGAGGCGCCCCGUGCGCCUCCAGCGUGCGGCCUCGUGCGCGGUCUGACCGGCGACGGGAGGGGGUGCAGAGCGGUGGCGGAAGCCCCCCCUGUGUCUCGCCCGCCCGACGGCGAGGGGAAGGGGGAGGAGCAGGAUCGGGGGGAGGGCACCGUUUCGGGCCGCAGGCAGCCACUCUGGCCUGCAAGUUAGUCGCGUGUGCAAUUGGACCGUCGCUGAGCUCCAGAGCUGCCGAGAGGAGAAACAUUGAUCCUCUCUUUUGGGGAGCCCGGCUGCCGAGCCCGUGCCAGGCUGGCCAGGCUAAUCGUGGAGACAAGGAAGGCCAGAGAGCUUUCGCGUGCGAUGGCUCUGUGCGGCUUGGCAGCGAAGGUGCGUGUCAAACUGGGGUCGUCGGAUUCUCCUCUCAACUAUGUACAGGGCGCUGGAGUCGUGUACAGAGACGGCGGUUCAAUGACUGGAGGAAAACAGGCGCGUGUCCCUCCUCAUUGUCCCUCCUCCCAAUUCCGCCUUAUCCCUCCUGCUCCCCCCGUCUGCUGGCUCGACUCAGGCCCCCUAGUGCCUGACCCUGAUCCGG